AAGAAUGUAAGUGCAGAAUAGACAGAAAAAAGAGACAGAUUUAUGUCUCACAUAGAGAGACAGAAAAAAGGAACAGAAUUCCGUCUCAAAAACUAAAGACCGAAAAAAGAGACGGAUAUCUGUCUCAGAAGUUGAGACAAGUAUGAGAGACCAAUAUCCGUCUCUUGAUGAAGCUUAUAUUUUUAGUAGAGUAUCUUGUGUUUAGAAGUCAUUCUUUUCUUAUCUUCCAAUCUUUAAUAUACUUUUCUUUUUAUGAAUUUUUAUUCUUCCUUAAACAUUAUCUUUCAUUUUUAUUUUAUUUACCUAUUUAUACUCAUCUUGAAUAUGAGGACUAUCCUCAUUCAAAAAUCUUUUUAUUGCUUCUACUUCAUCAGAAAAUUUACAGUCUCAUAUCUCAAGUGGAUAGUAGUGAGGUUGAGAAUCUCAAAGCAGAACUGGAGAAGAAAGAUGCAGCCUGGAAAGGAAAAAUAGAGAGUUUAGAAAAAAAAUUGGAAAAAACAAAAAUGGCUCAACGAGAAGAAAGAAAACGUCAUCGCGAGGUUGAAGAAGAAAUGGAUGAUUUAAGAAACAAAAUGAGGUCAUUCAAUGCAUCAAUGUCAAAUGUUUAUCGAGGACUAAUAAAAAGAGGAAUAAUUCAAGAGAGUGAAGUGAAUACUUUCCUAGUUGCUAGUGGAUCUAAAUCUGGAAGCAAAAAGAAACUCCCUCGGCCAUCAAGAACAGAACAGCCCCCCUUUGAACCUUUUUCAAAUGAUAGUGAGGACUCAGACAAUUCAUUAUGCUCUUCAGAUGAUGAUGAGUUGGAUCACAGCAUUCCACAAUGGCUCGAUCCCAACAACGCUACCGCGGUGUCCGACAACGGCAUUGGGGUUCCUGGGUAUCUGAGAUCCGUCACCCGUUGCUCUUCCCUUCAAGUGGAGAAAACAUCGUUGCCACAGAGCCACCACUUGGAAUCAGUCAAUCCACCCGCUAUUUCCGGACACCGGGACACAGAUGCCGCCUUCUGGUUUUCGGAGAAAAAACCUCAAAUAGCAUUGCCACCGUCUGAUUUGGAGCCGGUGGCAAAUGCGAAUUGGGCGGUCGGAGGAGCAACGGAAAACAACCGGAACAAUACACAAUUCCUAAAAACACUUGAAGAAGACCACAUUGAACAAAUGAUUGAGGAGCUUAUUCAUUAUGGAACAAUUGAGCUCUGCUCUAUGGGGCUUUAAACUAUGUUGACCACAUUAUUCAAAUAAGUGUCACUACGUUGUCUUCUUCAAAAUGUCCGCUUAUUUUGCCUCCGAAAUCUUUUCUAUUUUUUUAAAUGGCAUUUUCAUCCGAUUUGAACACUACUUUUAAAUCGUUCAUCUAGAAGCUGAGUCAAAGCCUAUACAACAAAUAUAAUAACUUCUAACAUUUCGA